UACACAACAUAUUACCCGGUUCAACUCCUGUUGAAGCCAGCUUAUAAAUGUUGGACGAGAUUUUAGAAAACGUUUUACUACCAUAAGACACCAUGGCCGCUUUUCCCGGUCAUACAUUUCAGUCACAGCACAGUUCUACGGAUCAGAUCCGCGGGCUGCAGAACGCGAUCCAAGAAAACACUCGCCUCCUGGCCGAGGUCAAGCGAAAGAGACUUUGCACUGAAGAAGAGAUCAUUCGAUGUAGAGCAGAAACCGUGCGGAGAGUGAAUCUGAUGAUUGAAAAAGGUGAUGUUGUCGAUGAGUUGGUGCAACUGGGUCGUCUUCUGCAAGAGGAAAAGCACCUUUCUGAACAACUGAAUGGACAAGACUCUGUGGAAAGAGAUCAAAAUAAUGACUUGCAGGAAAGGAGUGAGCGCAUCACAAAAAAAGCGGAAAGCCUUGCUGCUGAAAUUCGGGAGGUGAAAGAGCAACUGGCAGAGACUAAGGCCCGUAAUAUGGCUGGUCAAAGCGGUCCAGAACAUGACGUCAGGAGCCGAGUACCGCUCCAUCUUCCACCUGUGCCCAAACGAUGAGGCUCUGAACGGGCUGAGGGAGGUCAAGUCCUUCCUGAGGCCGCCUGGAGACACCGACCCGGCCCCACACGAGGCGGAGGACAAAUCCCCAGAGGAUGACAGACAUCGGGAGUCCAGCCUGGUCCGAGAGGUCUCGGACAAGAUGCUCUGCACCGCCUGCAAAAGCUCUUUCGUCACUCGCGAGGAACAGACGGAGCACUACAAGCUGGACUGGCAUCGUUUCAACCUGAGACUAAAGAUUUCUGGAAUGCCGCCGGUCACAGCCGAGGAGUUUGAAAGGAAGACCGGAGCUGGAGACAUGUCCAGCAUCUCGGGCUCCGAGUCGGAUUCGGAGGAGGAGGACGACGACUCCGACAGCGAGAGCAGGGGGACAAGCAGCAACGUUCCGGGCACCGCCAACGACAGCUCAGCCGGACGCGGUUCGCUCGCCGGGCGGCAUUGCAACAAAGUGGUUUUUCAGAACUCGGCCGAACAAUAUCUUUCGGUGUACCGCUGCAUCCUACGGGGGCAGGCGGACGUUGAGCAAGACGCAGGAUCGUCCCUGAGAGCCAUAAGUCAGCAGACCGUGUGGGUCAUUCUCAUGACAGGUGGAGGCCACUUUGCUGGCGCCGUGUUCCAAGGAAAAGAAGUCCUUCAGCACAAGACCUUCCAUCGAUACACGGUGCGAGCGAAGCGGGGAACCGCUCAAGGACUCCGAGACGCUCAGAACCGCGGCCACGCGCCAAAAUCCGCUGGAGCUGCUCUGAGGCGAUACAAUGAAGGAGCGCUAGUGAAGGACAUUCAGGAUCUUCUGGUCAGCUGGGCCGAACACCUGAAGGAAGCCUCUGCCAUAUUUGUGCGAGCGCCGAGCUACAAUAAAAGCAUCUUUUUCGGGGGUCGUGCAGCUCCGUUUGAAAAAAAAGAUCGCAGGAUCCACGCAAUCCCCUUUCCCACGCGCAGGGCGACCUUUCGGGAGGCUCGGCGGGUACACGAGGUGCUUUCCACUGUCCAUGUUUAUGGGAAAGACACGGACAUGUCUGCGGUCUUUGCUCCAUCUAAGAAGGCCUGGAAGAAAUCUGCCAGACCCACGACACAAACGGAUGCAGAUCAAGACAAAGCAGAUAAAAAUCCCGAAAGCUCUGGUGAAGAAGAAGUUGGAGACAUCCAGCUGGAGAUGGAGGAGCUUACAAUAGGAACGCUCAACCUCAGGGAGUUUGAAAUCUAUCCCCCCAGGCACAGGAGGAGGAGGAGGAGGAAGAAGGAGCAAGAGGAGGAGGAAUCCAAACUGCAAACAGAGGAAUUGAGUCAAACAGAAGCGGACGAUCAAGAAGAAGUGCUCGAGGCUACCCCAGAAGAAGAUGCCCCCCGAGAGACCCAGUCUAAGCCCAAGACGAGGAAGAAAGCGCCGAGCAAGAAGCAACCAGAAGUGUCUCUAGAAACCGUCGACGCGUCGCACGAGUACGGCCUGAGGGACAAAGCGUUCACGGCCUGUAAGGUCGGGGAUGUGGACGCCCUGCGCGGACUCCUUCAGCCGCCGGGGGAAGCGCCGCAGAGCGGCGAGCGGUCGGAGAGCGCCCCUUCUGAUGUGCCGAGUCCUCCGCCGCUCCUCAAUGAGCCCAUAGACUCGUCGGGGUUCACGUUGCUGCACGUUGCCUCAGCUGCUGCACAAAAGGCCGCGGUCAGGCUGCUCCUGGAUGGAGGAGCGGACCCAGCGUGCAGGGAUAACAAAGGACAGACGCCUUAUGUUGUCUGUCCCGACAAAGAGACGAGGAAUGUCUUCCGUAAAUACAUGGCCGAGAAUCCCGACAAAUAUGACUACAUCAAGGCACAGGUCCCUGCGCCCCUGACGGCAGAGCUUGAAUCCAAAAAGACGGAGAAGAAAAAGGCCCAAAAAGCUUUAAAAAGACAGCGUGAAAAAGAGCAGAAGGAGGAAAAAAGGAAACGAGAGUUGGAGGAAGAGGAAAAGAAGAAGUUUGCGUCUCUAACUGACCGUGAAAAGAGAGCUCUGGCAGCAGAGAGGAGGUUAGCCGAGCAAGUAGCUAAUGUCAAGAGGUGCUGGAUGUGUGGAGAGUCCUUGCUGGGGAAGAUCCCCUUUCAGUACCUGGAGUAUUCCUUCUGCACCCCUCGCUGUGUCCAAGCACAUCGAAAAGCCCGCGCUCCUCCAGGCCGGACCUGACACCCGCACGGGGGCAGAAGUCAGCCAACAAUAAGACUUUGACGAAAUGGACAAAGGGUAAUGCAGAGAAGAUUAUCCUUCCCUCUUUUAUAACAACUAAGAAUAAUGAAAGAUUGAAGCGACCUGAUCUUGGGCAGCCUUGAUGGAGUCUCAAUAUGGACGUGUCUUGCCAAUGUGCUGGUUUCAAUUCAACUCAAAUCAAGGAUUUAAAAUUGUAUUUUUAUUAUGUCAGAUGUUCAAGACAACUGGUAAAAUCAAACAUAUUAAACACAAAUGUAUAAUUUAUUUACAAUAGCGACAACUAUGGAAAAGGUAAAUAAGCAAAUGUCUUUUUAAAAAACAAACUAAGACUUCUCAUUGUAACUUAUUUCCAAAGGCAUCAGUGUAUGUUCAACCAUGAAGACAAAAUCAUGACCAAUUGGCUGCUGCUUUUAAAGCAUUUGGCCUUGGAUCGUUAUGAUUAUGAAUGGGCAAUAAAUUACACUGGCACUGAAA